UGCAUUCUGGUCUUGCGGUAACAUUAUUUGCAAGCGACUUGAAGUCUUUGCGCUUGCAUUAGGAGGAGGAAGAAAGACUUAUACGAAGGAUUGCCCGUGGCUUCGAUUUUUUAAUUGCUAUUAAUUGAGAAGCCCAUUUUUACUGUUGUUCUUGCAUGAAAUUCCGGGAGAUUUCUACCAACCCCCUUCAGGUAUUUCGAGAGACGUUUGGACAAGAUCGCCAACAUCGAGGUUAUAGCGAGAUUCAACAAUUUGAAAUGGCGUACUAUACUAAACCGGGCCAAUUCCAAGGUCCUACUACCACCGUUGAGGUGACGGCCGGUAGCAGCAAUGAGAGCCGAUUCGGCGACGACAAUGCUACCAACGAAGCUGUUGGUCACGGUUUACAGCAAAUAGAAGCCACGAAGGUCCAUUGGUACUCCUAUUUGGCCACCGCCGACUUUUGGAUCGUCCUUUUGCUCGGUCAAACGCUGGCACUCUGCAUCACUGCUACCAACACCUUCUCAACCUUUCUAGCGAAUUACGGUACCUCUAUCCCAGCCUUUCAGUCCGUCUUUACGUACAUCCUGUUGUCGCUCAUCUACUUGACAUAUACCUUGUACACAUACGGACCUAAAAAGUACGGCAAAAUCUUGCUGGUGGACGGCUGGAGGUAUUUUAUCCUCAGCUUCCUCGACGUACAGGGCAACUACUUCACCGUCCUGGCUUACCGCUACACGAAUAUUCUUUCCGCUCAGCUGAUUAACUUCUGGGCGAUCGUCUGUGUCGUCAUCAUCUCGUUCCUCCUGCUGCGUGUGCGAUACAAGAUCUUCCAGAUUUUGGGUAUCUUGAUUUGCUGCGGUGGCAUGGGCCUCCUACUGGCUAGUGACCACAUCCAAGGAACCAACGGCGGUCCUGCAGAGAACAUGUUGAAGGGUGAUCUCUUCGCCUUGCUCGGAGCCACCUGCUACGGCCUUACCAACGUUUUCGAGGAGUGGUACGUCAGCAAGCGGCCAACGUACGAGGUGCUGUCGUUCAUGGGCCUUUUCGGUAUGCUUAUCAACGGUGUGCAAGCGGCCAUCUUUGACCGGGAGAGUUUCCAACAGGCGACGUGGAAUGGAAACGUGAUAGGAUAUCUAGUAGGGUACACGUUGGUGCUAGCCUUCUUUUACUCCGUGGUCCCGUUCCUAUUGCGCAUCGCUUCAGCAGCCUUCUACAACAUCUCGCUCCUGACCGCCAAUUUCUGGGGCACUAUUAUUGGCAUUCACGUCUUCGGUUACGCCAUCCACUACUUGUAUCCCAUCGCCUUCGUUCUUAUUAUUAUUGGCCUGGCCGUUUACUUCCUUGCUGGUAGUAUCCUUGGCGAGUCCAAGAAGCCAUGGCUAGGCGACAAUCAAGAGGAGGGUGUCGCAGGCUUCGGCACAGCCAAGCUGAAGGCGCUGAACAUGGCUCGAAAACAGGGGAUUGCAGCUUCGACUAGUGCGGCUGAGGUGUAGAUUUUUUGGGGAACAAAUACCUUUUUGGGUAAUCAGGGUAGGAUUGGUGUUGAUAGGAUUAUAUAUAGGGAUUCAGGAUACCAAUGACUUAUCAGCGAUACGUUUUAAUUUGAACAUAUCAUCACUUCUAAGCUUAGCGGUGUCCUUAGUCAGCCUAUACGUGUGUAAUACAAGGUGAGGCCAAUGGUCUUACCUCGUCACCUUUAAAAACAGGAGGCCUGAUUUGUGAAUAGACUCCAUGGCUAC